AUGGGCCGGGAGCUGGAAACGCCACCCUCGUACUACGUGCCGAGGAAGCUGGUGGACCGGCGGCUGGUGACGGACGAGUUCUUCUCGACUCUGGGGCACUGGGAUGUGUGUGUCAUCGACAGUGCGUCCUAUGAGCUACUGUCACACAACCUGGAGACUAUUCGGGAGGAGUGUAGAAGUUGGGACCGUUUGAAUGUAUACGUGUUGCAGGUUUCUCACGAUGCGUGGGAGAUUGUUUCCUUCUCCGGGCAGCCUGAGAGCAUUCGAGAGUAUACAAUAAAGCGGGUGAAAGAGCAGCUGGAAGCAUUGGACACUGCAAUCCCGCGAGUCGUCUGUCUCGUGGACGGCUUCGACGAGGUGUGCCCGGACUAUGAAAACAAGUGUCUCGAGGUGUUGCCUCUGCUGGCUCCACGCCAGGGGAAGCUCCUGGUGACAACGAGGCCAGCAGCGUUGAAGCCCCUGGAGACGCGUAUGGGUGUGUUGGCACACUCGUUGGAGCCUUUCAGCAAAUCAGAGCUAGAAGAUUUCUUCGCACAACACCCCUCGAGGGGGAACAUCCCACCCAACAGUGGUCUGAGCGAGAGCUUAAGGAAUCUUCUGAGGAUUCCUCUCUUUGCUGAAAUGUUUGUGAACCUGUCACAGGAAAUACUUGAGACGAACGACAUUAUGACUCUGUACGAAGCUUUCUUCCAGAAUAAAUUCAGGAGGCUUUACGAGGAGAAAUGGGGCGACAACUUUUCUGCACCUGGGAAGAAGAGGGAGGUCGAAGAGGCGCAGAAGAGGCACGAGGAACAGCUGGGGCUGCUCGCAGCGUCAGUUCUGUUGUACAGUACCGACACACUGCCAGUGCCACAGUUCGACAGCGGCUACUUCGUGAAAGCUGGAAUCGUAUACAAGUUCGUCGACGGGAAACCCACAUUCCUGCACAGGACGUUCGCCGAGUACUUUCUUGCCAAGUGGUGCUUCAGCGAGUAUAGGGAACAGAGUCGUUUGGUGGUGUACCGUGAGCUCUACCGGAGACAGACACUGGAGUUCUUUCUGGAGGCCUUCAACCGGAUGGCGGCGAGGGACCAGCCACUGUUGGAGGCAGUGCUGGAUGGGGACGAAGACAAGGUGGAGGCGCUGCUGGCCAGGGGUGCCGACCUCAAGCAGGCAGAUGCGUGCGGGCGCAACGUGCUGCACGUGGCCGUAAGCAGCAGUGCACAGCGCUCGCUGGAUCUGCUGCCGUUGCUGUGCAGACACGCGAGGGCGGAUACACUGUCUGCAGAGGAUGGCCUGCUCAGGUGGACGCCUCUCAGGUAUGCCGCGGAGGCCUGGUGCUUCUCUGCCAUGGAUGUCCUGGAGGAAGCAGGUGCUGCACUCAGCAAUCCGGGUGUCUUCCCAGAGGCGCCGCACGAUCCUCGGAAGCUGCAGGCCUUGCUCCGGCGGAGGGGAUACUCGGACCUGUUCUACCACGUCUACCAAGUGAACAAUCCCUCAUGGAAAGGCGGGAAUUUCUAUGGAGAGGUGGAGUUUACCGCAUCCUUGAUCUCUGCAAAUUUGCCAAGAGAGCUGCUCAGGGUGAUGUAUCGAAAAGCCGCGGAAGAAGGCCACGGGAUGGUUUGUUACUUACUUUCAAAACUAGUGUCCAGAACAGUGGAUGAAAAACAGUCACCCCAGAAGAAGCUGGUAAAACCAUUCGCCAUACGUGGUUUUGCAGACCGUUUGAGAAAACUUCUGAAGGGUGGACAGCCAAAGAAAGCAUCUGCAGAGGCGGCUGUGCAGGGAGGGAGCAGUAGCCGCAGCUCCAGUUGUGCCACGGAGGUUCCAGAUGGGGGUGACCUAACCCAGCCAGAGGCUGAGGUGAUACCGCCACAACCGGUGUCUUCAGCAGUCUCUAGUGGUAGUGGGAGGGGAGAAGACAGCAGCACCAGCAGCAGCACCGGCCACGUCAGGGAGGUUCCAGAUGGGGAUGCCCCACUCCAACCAGAGGCUGAGGCAGGGUCUUCAGCAGACUCCAGUGGCAGCCGGCAGACAGGUCCAUGGCAAAAGUAG